CCCUACACAUAAAUCUCUCUAAACCGUCGGAAAAGCGGACAACCGUCGGACAAGCGGAAAAUCAUGAAGGGCGGCAAAAAUCUGAAGAAGAGACCGUCCCAUCCGGCCAAGGACAGGAAUAACAUUAAGAAGCGCUUUUCCUCUAAUGAUUCCUUUUUUGAAAAUGAAGUCACUGAUCGGAAGCGCCACCGUAAAUUCAAAAACGACGAAGAGAUUAAGAGCAGUGACGAAGACGAAGAUGAAGGAGAGUACGGUUCCGAGGCGGAUGCGGAGGAAAAAGAGGAGGAGACGCCGGCAGAGAAGCGGAAGCGGCUGGCCGACGCCUUUUUGGAGAAGCUCAGGGCGAAGGAGAGGGAAAAAGACGAAGAUGAGGAAUCUGAGGAGGGUGAAGGGCGGAGGGAGAGGGAUACGCUUAUUGCUAAGAUUUUGCAGCAGGAUCAGCUCGAAGAGAGCGGCCGCGUUAGACGAGCUAUUGCUUCUAGGGUUCAGAAGCCAGAAACGAGUGAGGGAUUUCGAAUCCUAGUAAAGCACAGGCAAGCUGUCACAUGUGUGGCUCUAUCUGAGGAUGACUCGAGAGGAUUUUCGGCGUCAAAGGAUGGUGCCAUUGUUCACUGGGAUGUUGAGACUGGGAAGUCCGAAAAGUACCUCUGGCCUUCUGAUGAAGUUUUGAAGGCUCAUGGUUUGAAGGACCUGCAAGGUCGAGCUAAGAAACACAGUAAACAGGUUCUAGCGAUGGCUGUUAGCUCUGACAGUCAGUAUUUAGCUACUGGAGGCCUUGAUCGGCAUGUUCAUCUGUGGGACGUCCGCACACGCCAGCACCUUCAGGCUUUUCCGGGACAUAAAGGACCUGUUUCUUGCUUAACAUUUAGACAAGGUACUGCAGAACUCUUCUCCGGCUCAUUUGACCGCUCUAUCAAGAUUUGGAAUGCAGAAGAUAGGACUUACAUAAGCACACUAUUUGGUCACCAGAGUGAAGUUUUGACCAUUGACAGUUUGAGAAAAGAACGUGUAUUGACUGUUGGACGUGACCGUACCAUGCAUUUGUGGAAGGUACCAGAAGAAUCACAAUUAGUAUUUCGAGCUCCAGCAUCAUCACUAGAGUGCUGUUGCUUUAUUAAUAAUGAUGAUUUCUUGUCGGGUUCCGAUGAUGGAAAUGUUGAGCUCUGGAAUGUGCUACGCAAGAAGCCUGUCCAUAUUGUAAAGAAUGCACACGUCUCAUUUGGUGAACCCAAGUCUGAUCAGAUUAAUUCGGAAGGACUGUCUAAUGGCCAUAAAGAAAAUGAUGCCCAAGAUUUAUUGAGACAUGGUUCAACUGCUCUUUCCUGGGUCAACUCGGUGGCUGUCUGUAGAAGCAGUGAUCUUGCUGCUUCAGGAGCUGGAAACGGAUUAGUGCGCCUUUGGGCAAUUGAAAAUGAGUCUAAAGGCAUUCGUCCUUUAUUUGAGCUCCCCUUGGAUGGAUUUGUCAAUUCGUUGGCAUUUGCAAAGUCUGGAAAGUUCCUAAUUGCUGGGGUUGCUCAGGAACCUCGGUUAGGAAGGUGGGGACGCGCUGCUUCUGCCAAAAACUGUGUUGCAUUGCAUCCUUUGAAGCUGUCAUGACACUAAUUCUUCUAAACGAUGAGAUUAUUAAAGCAAAAAUUGAGAGCCUGCUCCGAUCCUGACUGGACUCAAUUUGUACUUACUCAACGUCUCAAUCUUGAAUGCUAAAAAAAAGGAUCAACCCUGUACCAAAUCAAUGAUCUGGCAUCGUGUGUGGCCUCCAAAAAUUCUUUGUGGCACAAACAUGAGGAUGCUAAUCUGUGUGAUGUACCCAACUGGGAAACUCAGGUAACUUUCUAGCUGUUGGUGAGGGGUGAAGUGAAGUGUUCUGAAAACCUCGUUUCAUGGCUUGAAGCUUACAGAAAUCCUUUUUGUGCGGUCCCCUUUUCAUCAUUGUCUCGACGGAAGCAGGCCUCACAUUUUGCUGAAAAAUUUUGUAUUUGAUGGGAACCAUUCUUCAUCUUGAUCAAUUUUGGAUCUUGUUUGUUAGUGUAGAAUCUAUCAUUAAAUUUUGAAGGGAAAACGUCAGUGGAUAUAUUUGUCUCCCUUUCUAUUUAUGCAAGGAAAAUGUGGAGUAGUUCUUUUAA